AUGUCGAGCUGUGGUGUAUGCGUCAAGAAUAUUAAAAUUAAUCAAUCUAAACUCACCUGUUUUGACUGUAAACGAGAUUUCCAUGCGGCAUGUUUGAAAUAUAGCAAGGCUGACGUGGAUUGCCUAAAUGAAGAGGGUCUAGUUUGGAGGUGUAAGGACUGUCAAUCCACGAGGAGGAAAAGCAUGAGACUCGAGUCUGCAGCAGAUGAAGGUAAACUAUCUCUCGAAGAUAUCAUGAAAGUGGUUACCGAUAUAAGAGAUAGCCAAGCAAAAUAUGAGAAAAGUUUUAAUAAGGCCUGUGAAUCAAUGGACUCACAGCUCAUAGAGAACACCAAGGCACUUAAAGCACAACAGGAGCAGAAUGAGAAACUUUAUCAGCUGAUUGAGUCUAUCACAUCGGAGAACAAGGAAGCUGAAGAAGAAGGUGAGAGCUCUGGAAGAUCGUCUGGAGAACAUAGAGCAGUACUCUCGCAUUCGUUCGUCGACUGGACAAGGAGGAGUUUUCUACAGAGGCGACGUGUGAAGAGGACCCUCUUAACUCGUCACAUCGGUGCAACUGAUGACCGUCCCGUCUACGUCAACGAGUCUCUAUCACCGGCGAGACGGGCGCUGUACGCUCUGGCGAGGAAGUAUCAGCGCGAGAAAAACUUCAAGUUCCUCUGGGUGAGAAACGGCAAGAUCUUCCUCAGGAAAGAAGAAAAGGCGCUAGUCAGAGUUAUCACACGAGAGGAGGGACUUGGACUAAACUAA